AUGCCCAACAGCAGCUCCCUCACGCAGUUCCUCCUCCUGGCAUUCUCAGACAGGCGGGAACUGCAGCUCCUGCACUUCUGGCUCUUCCUGGCCAUCUCCCUGGCUGCCCUCCUGGCCAACGGCCUCAUCCUCAGCGCCGUAGCCUGUGACCACCACCUGCACACCCCCAUGGGCUUCUUCCUGCUCAACCUCUCCCUCACAGACCUGGGUUGCAUCUACACCACUGUCCCCAAAGCCAUGCACAAUUCCCUCUGGGACACAAGGACCAUCUCCUAUGCAGGAUGUGUUGCACAGGUCUUUCUGCUUGUCUUCUUUCUUGGAACAGCGUUUUCCCUCCUCACUGUCAUGUGCUACGACCGCUACGUUGCCAUCUGCAAACCCCUGCACUACGGGACCCUCCUGGGCAGCAGAGCUUGUGCCCACAUGGCAGCAGCUGCCUGGGCCACUGCAUUUCUCAAUGCUCUGCUGCACACAGCCAAUACAUUUUCCCUGCCCCUGUGCCAGGGCAAUGCCCUGGGCCAGUUCUUCUGUGAAAUCCCACACAUCCUCAAGCUCUCCUGCUCACACUCCAACAUCAGGGAAGUGGGGUUUGUUGGGGUUAGUGCUUGUUUUUGUUUUGGUUGUUUCAUUUUCAUUGUUUUCUCCUAUGUGCAGAUCUUCAGGGCUGUGCUGAGGAUCCCCUCUCAGCAGGGACGGCACAAAGCCUUUUCCACCUGCCUCCCUCACCUGGCCGUGGUCUCCCUGUUUCUCAGCACUGCACCAUUUUCAAAUCUGAAGGCUCCCUCCAUCUCCUCCCCAUCCCUGGAUCUGGCCCUCUCAGUUCUGUACUCGGUGGUGCCUCCAGCACUGAACCCCCUCAUCUACAGCCUCAGGAAUCAUGAACUGACAGACUCUUUGAGGAAACUGGUAGCUACAUUUAUAGGCAAAAAUAAAGUGUGUCUUUUCUUCUGCAGAACAUUCCAAACGUAA